GUUCCUGGUUGCCAACGAGUCUGGUCGAGUGCGGGUGGAAACCGGCGGUAUGGCGGCGUCGGACCCAGCGCUCUGCCUCUUCGACGUGGACGGGACCCUGACGGCCCCGCGACAGAAAAUCACCAAGGAAAUGGACGACUUUCUCCAAAACCUGAGGCGGAAGAUCAAAAUUGGAGUGGUGGGCGGGUCCGACUUUGAGAAAGUGCAGGAGCAGCUGGGAAGUGAUGUUGUUGAAAAAUACGAUUAUGUGUUUCCAGAGAAUGGCCUGGUAGCGUACAAAGAUGGGAAACUCUUGUGUAAACAGAAUAUUCAAGGUCACCUGGGUGAGGCCCUGAUCCAAGACUUAAUCAACUACUGCCUGAGCUACAUUGCGAAAAUUAAGCUCCCGAAGAAGAGAGGCACUUUCAUCGAGUUCCGAAAUGGGAUGUUAAAUGUGUCCCCCAUUGGAAGAAGCUGCAGCCAAGAAGAGCGCAUUGAGUUUCACGAACUCGAUAAAAAAGAAAACAUAAGACAGAAGUUCGUAGCAGAUCUGCAGAAGGAGUUUUCGGGAAAAGGCAUCACGUUCUCCAUAGGGGGCCAGAUCAGCAUUGACGUCUUCCCUGACGGAUGGGACAAGAGGUACUGCCUGGGACACGUGGAAAAAGAUGGCUACAAAACCAUCUACUUCUUCGGAGACAAAACCAUGCCAGGCGGGAAUGACCACGAGAUCUUCACUGACCCGAGGACCGUGGGCUACACGGUGGCAGCGCCCGAGGACACCCGCAGGAUCUGUGAAGAGCUGUUCUCCUAGCGGCCCCUCCCCCGAGGGCGGGCGGAGGUCCCGCCGACAGGCCCUCCCCCCCCCCCCCCCCCGUGCCCCCGCACCCCGGCCCUGCCGGGAGCUCCCGAGUCUCAGCCCCUCCGGAUGUGCAAUCGCGGAACAUACGGUUUUCCGGGGACGCUUCCCCAUCGUUGUAGGAGGAUUCAGAAAGGACAGAGGUGCCCUGACCUCCCCUCCUGACUGAAAAACGUGACUACAGGCGUUAACGACUGGACCCCUGCGGACUGGGCCCGUGUCAGUGCUGCGGGGGGAUUUGGUGGUGAGAAAGGACGAGAUGUUUACAGCCACUCCAGUCCCCUCUGGGAGCAGCUCCUGCCCGAGGGCCACCUUGGGGGUGCUCUGAACCCUGCGGUGGCCGCUCAGUGACCCCUGACCCCCAGGGCUUCGCACCUCAGCUGCUGUGGAACUCAGGGGACGGACUUCACUACACUCGGGAGGCUGCCGCUUCUCUGACCUUCCAGUGCAGGAAGGGGGGGGGGGCGGAGGGUUCCACUCCCCCCCACCCUGCACCUGGCCGGCUCCCCAAGGGCCUUACUCCCCUUCAGAUUCUCAGCGAUCACGGGAGAGCCUGGAUCAUGACCCCCUGGAUCUUCUCGCGAAACCCCAAUCCCACCCCAGUGACUUGAGGGUGGGAGCAGCACAGUGGUCGGGCCUGCGAUCCCCCCCACCCCUGCCCCCGCUUCGGGCCCGGCCGCACAGGGCCUUCCCGGGAGGCGGCACCCACGUCACUUUAGCAUCUGGGUGCGCUGGGACCACAGACCCUCAAUGCACCCCAGUCCACGGCCCGGCCUCUGCGCCCCGCCUGGGUGCUUUCAUCUCCGCGGAAGCUGGCUCCCCCAAGCCUUCGGGGGGCCCCGAGGCCUGUCUCCAUGGGGUCAGGUGGCAGGCAGCCUGCCUGUGUGACCACAGACAGGGAGGCCUGGGUCCGUGGCUCCCAGGUCGCCGCCACCCCGCCGUACCUUUUGUGGUUGCAUUUUGCAAAUGAUACUGUAAUGACCUUUCACAAAGAGAAAUAGCAAAUUAAAGUGAUUUUAUUGUUUCCUA